AUGGCGGCGUGCCGGUCCUAUGCGGGCGGAGACGGUCGGGCACCGCUGUUUGUGUUCUACGAGACGCUGCCGAAUGGCUCGCACCCGGUAGCUGCCCCAUCCUUGGAUCCAGCUUCGGGUCUUUGCUUCUAUCCGCAGCUGAGCUGUGCUCAAGAGUCGUGCUGCCUAGCAGACCGGUGGGUGCAUGACACCGAGUUUGCCUCCACCAGCUAUGUGAACUAUAGCUCCAUGGCGGUGUACAUCCUCUUCACGAUUUGGCUCCAACGCUGGGUGCGAACCGUGCGCCCUGGGUCAGAGGCCGGGGACACAGUGCCGGUCCCCCGACCUCCGAGCGGUGUCCCAGAGCAUGUGAACCUGCUGGGCGUCUACUUGGGUGUGAUCGCCUCGACUGUGGUUGGCAUCGCCAUGGCCCAGAGCACUCAGCUGGCCCUACCCGUGCCGGAAAGGAACUCCAUGCUGGCAGCUACCGCCUUUCUGACUCCGAUGAAGGACAUCUUCCAGUUUCUUGAGGACACCACCAUGGUGAAGAUAACCCAUGCCAUGGGUGUCGGUGACUUCUCCGCUGUGAGGUCUAUAUUCCUGCUUGGUGUGUUUGGUGGGCUCGCCUGCGGUGUCGUGGGCGCAAGUUUAAUGACACUGCUGGCGUAUUGGCCCACGGCCAUCGAAGUGCUUCUUGCCCCCGGUUCAGCCCAGGCACAGCUGGAGAAUCCGGGUUGCGACCUCCUGCCCUCUGCGACCGAGGUCGAGAAUGUGAAUGCUGAUGUGGCGGCCAGUCCCGGGCAGACCUCAUGCCUCAUACAGCAGCGUGCUGAUACCGGCAAAGCCGUGAUUGAGCCGAAGGAGUCGCCUUUCUCUCCUGCACAGUGGCAAUGCAUUUCGCAGUAUGGUGCAAGCGUAGAUGCCGAUCUUCCUGGUUUCGCCCGGCGUCUCGAGCAAAGACGUUUUGGAGGCACCGGCAAGGCCAGCGCGGAUGGCUCGGUCAUCUUGGGGGCUGGCUUUGGCACCACAGCGACGCGAUCUCUGGCAGCUUUUGCUCGCCAGCUGGGACUCGCUGUGCACCACUGCAAGCAGGGGAAAAGAGAAGACAUACCAGAGUUCUGGAUGCGGCUAUUGAACAUCACGAGUAUGCAGCACCCGAACGGCCUGGAUGGUUGCUAUUCCACCGUAGAUGCCAUGAACUUUUCCGAGGCCUUUGACCAGGGCAACGACCUGCUUUUGGACACCCCGAUGGCGGAGCACUUUCUUGACUUCUAUGCCGUGUCACCACAGUCCAAGGUCAUCCUUACCAACCGCAAUGCAGUGGAUUGGGUGAAGGCCCGGCUGCAGUGGGACGAGACCAUGGCCGCCCCGCUCCACAGCCCCUGCGGCAUGAAACUCGCCCCAAUGACUCCGGAGACGGCGGCGCGUCUCUACGAGGCGCACAAUCGCCUCGUCCGCUGCAUCGUUCCAGCAGAGAAGCUCACGGAGAUCAACGUUUUCGAUGGUUCACCGCUUGAUGUUCCGGCAUUGUCAGAUUUCCUCGGCAAGGGGCGACCGGAGUUUCCGCCGCUCUUCCCACGCGUGAGCGAUCAGCGCUGGGGUGACGAGGCCAAGCAGGACUUUGCCAUUUGUAUCACAGGGCAAAUACGCCGGCUGGAGCUCAAGACGAAGGUCGAACGUCUCGUCCGGCCUCUCAUG